GACGAUACAACUCGCAACUGCUUUGCUUGGAUGCUCUGCUCUGUUCUGCCUCAAGCGCUCUCCCCAACUCUCCUCCCCUCCACCGCCGGUCCGCCGCCGCGACAGCUCGCCGUGGCCUCCGACCCCAAGACGGACUGCCGAUCUCCUCUGCUCGGGCCUAGGGGACUGGGAUCGGAAACCGGGGCAAGUGCCGGUACUGAUUGACACCGAGCAGAGCGCAUCGCCAUCGCCAUUGCCGGCGGCGGCGGCAUGAAGAUCCUGGUGGCGGUGAAGCGGGUGGUGGACUACGCGGUGAAGGUGCGGGUCCGGCCGGACCGGACGGGCGUCGACACGGCCAGCGUCAAGAUGUCCAUGAACCCCUUCUGCGAGAUCGCCGUGGAGGAGGCGCUGCGGCUGCGCGAGGCCGGCGCCGCCUCCGAGGUCGUCGCCGCCACCGUCGGCCCCGCGCAGGCCGCCGACACGCUCCGCACCGCGCUCGCCAUGGGCGCCGACCGCGCCGUCCACGUCCUCCACGACCCCGGCCCCGCCCGCCCGCUCCUCCCGCUCGCCGUCGCCAAGAUCCUCCGCGCCCUCGCGCUCCAGGAGAACCCCGGCCUCCUCAUCCUCGGCAAGCAGGCAAUUGAUGAUGAUUGCAACCAAACAGGACAAAUGCUAGCUGCAUUGCUCAACUGGCCACAGGGUACCUUCGCAUCAAAGGUGAUAAUUGACAAGGAUAAGCAAAGAGCUACUGUUGAGCGAGAGGUCGAUGGUGGAACCGAGACAAUCUGCUUGGAUCUACCAGCAGUGAUCACCACUGAUCUGAGACUGAACCAGCCCCGGUACGCGACGCUGCCCAACAUAAUGAAGGCAAAGUCGAAGGUGAUCAAGAAAGUCACCCCCGCAGACCUGAACGUCGAUGUCAGGUCAGACAUGGAGGUGCUCCGGGUGGACGAGCCGCCAAAGAGGAAAGCCGGUGUGAUCCUCUCGUCCGUUGACGAGCUCCUUGACAAACUGAAAAACGAAGCCCGCGUCCUGUAACUGUUGACACAUGUACAUUCAAAUAAAUUGCGACUCCAGAUGCUCUUAUCAUUUGCAGAUGAAAAUAAGGAGAUGCUAAUCCAUUGUGUCCAGCGGUUGUUUUUAAUAAAAUGCAUGACUUAUGGAGUGUUUCUGAA